AUGUCUCCCAAGAAGAAAACGAAGCUGGCGGUCAGAUUCAGCAACGCCAGGAACCAGACCCGGUCACGCCUCUUGGGUCUCCCGGCGGAGCUCCGCAAUCACAUAUACCAUUUGGUCCUCUCUGAGAUGAUCACCUACAUCAGCAAAGACACUGUCAUCAAGACGCCAGCGGUCACUUACAAGUCUCGUCCAGUCCACGGCUUCUGCUUCGACCAGACGCCGGGUGUCCUGCUUACGUGCAAGCAGAUUCACGUCGAGGCGAUCAAAGUAUACUACGCAAAUGCCGACUUUGUUUUCACGGCUGCCAGCCACCUCGAACGCUGGGCAAGGAAGGCUCGACCAGAAAACAAGAAGUGCAUUCAGAAGGCCAGAGUCCACGUGAUGUACGAUGCAAUGCGCUCGUGGGCUGUUGUGUUCGCCGAAGUCGACUGCUUGCGGAGGUCUGCGCAGUUGCCGACGCUUUCCUACGGUUACAAUUCGCAAGGUGUUUGGCGUAAGUCUGCCCAAAAGUGGUGAUCCUUCAAAUUGCUGAUCAUUUUGCAGGGUUGGACAAGUGCCGUAACUUCAAAUUUUGCCGUCGCUGA